GGAGGGGAAAUUUUAGUUAUUUGCAGUUGACGUGCAAGCACGUGUUUUGUUUUGGUAAAUUGUGCUGCAGAAAAUACACAAAAAAUGGCUCUAAAAGCACUUAAAACAAAAAAGUCCAAAAGGCAGCCUGCAAAGUUGAAGUACAAGAUUCAGAGAAAAGUCCGGGAGCAUCACCGGAAACUGCGUAAGGAAGCCAAGAAGGCCGUCAAGGCUGGGAAGAAGGGCAAGGGGACAAAGAAGAAGAUGAUCCAAGUGCCCAAUAUCUGUCCAUUUAAGGAGCAAAUUCUCAAAGAGGCAGAAAUUGCCAGACAGCAAGCAGAGGAGGAAAGGAAGAAGCGCCGGGAAGAGCUGAAGAGGAAGAGAGUGGAAAAUCAGACACUUGAGUCUCUUGUUGCUAGUGCCGAAUCCCGAGGAGCUGUCCAUGAAGCUCUGACGUCAAAGCAGACCCCGACAGAGGGAAAAGUUUACAAGGAGGAGAAAUCCAAGGAGAAUUCACUGAAAGCCUAUUACAAGGAAUUUAAGAAGGUCAUUGCAGCAGCUGACGUGAUCCUCGAAGUGGUUGAUGCUCGAGAUCCUCUUGGCACGAGAUGUGAAGAAGUGGAAAAAGCUGUUAGAGCAGCAGGAAGCAAGAAACUCGUGGUAGUUCUAAACAAAGCAGAUCUCGUGCCCAGAGACAAUCUUCUGAACUGGCUCAAGUACCUCAGACAAUUUGGUCCAGCGACAGCUUUUAAAGCUUCAACACAGGAUCAAGUUCAGAAGCUGGGACGGCGAAAGUUCAACGAGAGCAAGAGUGAUAAAGCACUCCAGGGAUCAGUUUGCGUAGGAGCUGAACUCUUGAUGUCCAUGCUGGCAAAUUAUUGCCGGAAUAAGGGCAUCAAGACGUCCAUUCGUGUGGGAGUAGUUGGAAUUCCGAAUGUGGGAAAGAGUUCAGUGAUCAAUUCGCUGAAGAGAAGCCGUGCCUGCAAUGUUGGAUCAACUCCGGGAAUCACGAAGCAAAUGCAGGAAGUUGAAUUGGAUUCCAAAAUCAAUUUGCUGGAUUGUCCUGGAAUCGUAUUUUCCAAGGGCAGUGACAAUGAUGCCGGAUAUGUCCUCAAGAAUGCGCAGAAGAUCACCGAUGUCAAGGAUCCGGUCGGAGUGGCAACGGCUGUUUUGCAGAGGGCCAGCAAAAUGUUCUUCUGCAAACUCUACGAUAUCACACUCUUUGAUACUCCUGAAGAGUUCUUUGCUAAGAAGGCCAAAAGGAUGGGCAAAAUAAAGAAAGGCGGUAGGUUGGAUAUUCUGGCUGCAGCUAGGAGUGUCUUGGAUGAUUGGAAUACGGGGAAGAUUCGCUACUGCACUCAUCCUCCUGAGACCAUGGACACUGAUUGCCAUGUUAGUGCUGAGAUUGUGAGUGCAGAAGCCAGAGAAUUCGAUGUGGAGAAUUUUGAGCAGAUGGAAACGGAGAUUCUAGAGAGUUUUGGUGAAGUGAAGAAGGAGGAAGUGAUGGAAAUUACUUCAACAGGUCCCCUGAAGAUGCAGGAAGUCGAGGAUGAUGAUGAUGAUGAUGGUCUUAAGAGUCUCAUUGCAGCCAGGACGCAUAUAAUAGAAGAUGAUGCUAUUGAGAUGAAGGAGGCUGGACCAAGUGUGGCCAAGAGGGUGAGAAGGGGAGAGCCUGAGCCCGUGAAGCAGCCUACAGGAGAGGCUGCAAUUGCUGGGAAUCAGACUCUGAAUAAGGAUAUGAAGAAUCGUCUGAAGAAGGAAAAGAAGCGUCAAGCCAAAUCCACGAAGAGGAUUGACAAUGUGGCUGAUGUUCUGGAUAACUUCAGUUUUGGGACUAAGAAAGAGGAAUCCGAUGACAAUGAUUACAGCUUCGACACAGAUUUCAACAUGAAUUAAGUAGGCUUUGUAGAAAAAAAUCAAAUAAAAAAUUGUUAAUAAAUCAAAGGAUCCUCGGAA